GUUGAGAGGUCACGGUAAGUGGCUGCAUGAAAAGAUCAAAAUUUUUAGAAUGGCGACGUUGUUGUUUACGUGGUAGCUAGUAGUCACCGGUUGUCCAUCAAUUCUGCAAGGUGCGAAUCCAUGUCCAUGAUGUUGAUAUGGCAGAACAAAAACAAACGUGUCAGCAUAAUUUGUUGCGAGUUCGAUCCUUAUCUUCAGCUGCAGACCACUCUGUCUCAGCAACCGACUAAACAAGCGGCGAGUUGUAGUGCAAAAAACAGCAAACCGAUCCUUUCGUUCCGUGUAUCUAAAAGCACUUCUAGGAUUUUUAUUUGGCGAAUUCAACCUGCGAAUGGUGUAGGCAGUAACGAGCGUAAAAGAUCGAGAUCCUGCGUUUAACACGAGUCAUCUUCUGAUGAUGUCAAUAUCGUUAGUGCUAUCCAAAACCAAAAGUGUGCGCAAUGUUGUUUACCCAUUAAUACAAGAUUCUUCUGACGAAUUGUAUCAUCCAGAAUUUGGUAGUUGCUUUAUCUUCCCGCCGGGUUCUUUUUUUCUGGUAUCAUUCAUUACCAUAGCCAUUUUUCUCGACCUCUUAUCACAGGGCACCUCAUCAGCACCACGCCGCUUUCUUCUGCAAACCGAGUACUACAGCAAAUCGGCAUCGCGCGCGCGCCACAGUAAGAGCAUCGCUUGUUCUUCCACCGCCUAGAAGCGCACUACUCGUAUUCCGCAUAAUAUCGCGUUCCGCAUUAGAAAGCGCUGUCACGACCUGCUCAUCCGCACAGGACGAGACAAGACGAGCCCCAUACCACGACUCUAUAACAAGUUUCGCUUGCUGCAGCCGAAUCCAACGGCACAAGAAACCGAAUCUCGCAGUCCGAGCAGUCUUCGUAAAAAAUUGAUCAGAGUCCUACUCUCUACUUGACCUUGUUGCGAAACAAGCACUGCAGCUCCCUGCUAUAGCGGUACUGCUACUUCUGCAAAAACCUGCGCGUAAAGAAGAUUUUUUCGACAAGAUGGCAGAAUUUCUCCCCCGCGACAAGCAGCAACAAGCUCUGGAGAGCGAAAGGAACGGUGGAAAGGUCUUCAUCGGGAAUGUGCGAAAGGACGUAGAGAAAGACGAGAUCGAAGACACGUUCAGUAAAUACGGAGAGGUAUAGUACAAGGCAUGCAGCAACUAGAUCAGAGUCAGAUGACGACGAACAAAGAGAAAUAUGAUAGAGAAACUGGCGUCUGUUUUGAUGCUUAUAAUUGUUAUCCUGUCUUCUUUGUGCAAACUCAUCAAAUGCAAAAAAUGGAAAUGCAGGUGCUGUCCGUUUGGAUUGCAAAGAACCCGCCGGGUUUCGCCUUCGUCACUUUCAAAAGCGCGGAUGAGGCACAGACCGCGAUCAAAGAGGCCCACGGGUUGGAAGUUGGUAUUAAAAAAGAUUUGGAUUUGCUUCCUUUGCUCGAGAGCUUGCUUGUUCAUCUUUAUGAGCUACAUUCCAUUCGUGUGUGAAAAUGAAAAAACAGACUUUGCGGAAGACAACGGCCGGGGUUUGCGUGUCGAAGGAUCCACGUACGCAUAUGGCGUUCUCAACUGUUACAUUCUUAACUGUUAGCACAUAAUUUGCCAUGCAAAUUGAUCAUGACCCGCCAGACUAUCAAGCUGUUUCGCAUGACAAAGUCUCGAAGGGCUAGACAGCGUCUAAAUCUGUGCCAAAUUUAUGAUGCGAGACUUGCAAGCUCGCCCCUUUCCCUAUUGCUGUUUUUGCAUCACAAAUCCAUGCAACACUAACAGUUGAGAAUGUAACGCUUGAGAACGCCAUAACGCACAGAAGCGUCACCGUGGCGGCGGUGGACGUGGGGCGAGCUCGAGAGGACGCGACAGCUACCGGGACCGGUAAAACCAGUGCAUGAAAAAAAUAAAAAGUCUUUGUCUUUCCUCGGCCCUCGCUUAGGAGUUCGCGUUUUUUUUUCAACAUGAUAGAGCAAUGUCAAGAACACCGGCGUUACUCGUCAUACACAUGAUGCGACAAGGUACCUACAUAGAUAUAUGAACUUGUCUGCUCCACCGUCUUUCUGUGCAUGUGAAAAAGACGAAAUCCAACUGAAAUCUCGAAUCGUUUUCAUCGACAGGUCCCGUGGUCGCCGACGCGACAGCCGAAGCAGGGGUCGCGGCGGUGGUGGUGGUUACCGCUCGCGGCGCGAUAGCCGUGGUGGAAGAGGUGGUCGCCGAGACCGCGACAGCCGCCAACGCAGGUAGAACAGCGGCUAGUAAUACCAUGGCGAGGUGGAUAAAACGAGAAGAAAGGAGAAAAACUAAACUCAAAAUGAAUUUCCGAGAGAAACAAACUUUGACGUCGCAGCUCAGUGGUUCUAUCUAGUAAACGACACAAAAUUAACAAUGGCUCAUGAGUAAGGAACAUGGCGUAUGGAAAAAUCUUCCUGUACCAGAAGGCGACUGGAAUUGGAAUGACCCAUGUCCUGCUCUCCACAUACGAUAUUGAUGUUUUUGCUUUAUCUUUUGCUUGUUUUGCAACACGAAUCAGUUGUAGCUUAUUAUCAUGUGCAAUUUUCCGCUCAACAAGGACUGAUCAUAUUGCUGCCUCUCGAGCAAGAUGAAAGACGCGCGCCGCAUGGGAGGAAGCGUUGCGAACUUUUUUGCAGACACGGAUUCCGUCAACGAGAAUACUGAAAGAAUUUGCAAUUCAUUUUAAGAAAUUGCGAGGAAC